AUGGGAAGAGGGAAGAUAGUGAUCCGAAGAAUCGACGACGCGACGAGCCGACAGGUGACCUUCUCGAAGAGGAGGAACGGAUUGCUGAAGAAGGCUAAGGAGCUCGCCAUCCUCUGCGACGCCCAGGUUGGUGUCGCUGUCUUCUCCAGCACCGGCAGGCUCUAUGAGUUCUCAAACACCAGCAUGAAAUCUGUGAUCGACCGAUACACCGCAUCAAAAGAGGAACAGCAUUUGAUUACGUCUUCGUCUGCGGAAGUGAAGGCCUGGCAAAGGGAAACGACGAGCUUGAGGCAGCAAUUGCAUAACUUGCAAGAAAAUCAUAGGCAGUUGAUUGGGCAGGAUCUAUCUGGGCUAAGCGUCAAAGAUCUACAAAAUAUUGAGUCCCAAUUAGAAAUAAGCCUGUGUAGUGUCAGAAUGAAAAAGGAUCAACUUUUGAUAGAAGAAAUUCAAGAAUUGCAUCGUAAGGGAAAGCUUAUUCAGCAGGAUAAUAUUGAACUAUACAAGAAGGUUCAUGAUACAAAGGGAAUGAAUGAUAUUGACAGAAGUUCUAUUCCAUAUAAUUUCAAUAUAGCAAGUGAACAACUGUGCCCAGACAAAUACUAUGCCAGCCACAACAAGAUGCAGAUGAACCUCAAAGUAGGGGACCUCCAAAGCUAGGCGUUGGAAUAUAGCAGCGUUGGAACACUAAAUAAGAUGGCGGUUCAAGGUGGCAUCGUUGGAAAACUAAAUAAGAAGGCAUUUCAGUAGCCAGUGAUUUCAAUACAAGAAUAGAUGAUACGCUUUGUUGUCUGUCCUCUUUGAUAUAUAUAUAUAUAUAUGCUUGUGAUCAUGUCUCGAUGGAAGUGAGGCUAGAGGAUAGCAAAUUUACUACAAUGGAAUCAAUGGAAUAUCAUUUCCUGAUAGACACAUGUCCUCAGAAAAAAAAAAAACUUCUUCCGUCUCCUAAACAUUUGGCAAUCAGCUA